UCGAAAUAUCCCUCUCUCUCUCACUCAUAUUUUAGGUUUUUAACAUCUAUAAAAGACAGAGAAAUCUUUUAUAUUUGUCAAUUUGGCCAGAACCUUACUCAGUUUUGAGAUGAAGAUUGUGUUUCUGCUGAUAUUAUUAAUCUUCAAUCUAUCCUCGGCUCAAAUUAAGACAAGUUCAGGAGAAGAGAUCUUGGAAGUAUUUUACCCUCCCUUCAGACCUCAACAGAAACCUCAACAAAUAGAACAAAAUAUUGAAGACGACAUUUCCGCACCUCGUUCAGGACUAUCAGAUUAUGUUGACCAACUUCUGCUGAGGAAAGCAUUGAUGGGAUUCAAAGGAAAUCAACCAAAAUACUUCCCAUUCAGAAGCUUGAUGGAGCGUGCCCCACACAUGAUGCAAAAAAAAGACUACAUCAUCAGUCAGCGACCAGACAGAGAUGGGCGUAUCAGAAUUCUUCGGUCAAUCAAACAGUCUGAUAGGGACUCUUAAACAUUCUGAUAGUCAAAUAAUUCAAAUCAAAUUUAAGACUCUGACAACUAAAACCAUGGUGGCAGGCUGAGCUGUAUAAUAUUAAACUAUAAUUACAAAUAUAACGAGAUCUAGAGAGAACAUAAACACUUUUGUUAAACAGUUAAACAAUGAAAUAAAUCUAUCUCAUAUUUA